AUGGAGUCUCCUGAGGGCAUCCCCGGCAGCGUCGGCCGCAGCCGCCGCCGCCGCCACCACAGCAAUAACAAUCAGCAGCAGCAGCAGCAGCAGCAGCAGCAGCAGGAGCAGCAGCAGCAGCAAGAGCCACAGCUGCAGCAGCAGCAGCAGGAACAGCAGCAGCAGGCGCAGGCCCCUGCUGCAGCUCCAGAGCAGCAAAAUAGCACUAUUGAAGAGAGACGCAGCAGCAGCAGCAGACACACAGGGGCUCUAGGCGAGCAGCUGCGUCGCCGCAUCAGAAGAAAACCCCACAGCAGCAGCAGCAGCAGCAGCAGCAGCAGCAACAGAAGACAGGAACGCGUGCAGAACAGAGACAAUGUACUGAGGGUCCUUCCUUUCGACCAGCUGCUGCCGCUUGCUGCUGCAGCAAAAGAGAAAGGCAAUACAGAACACAUAGCUGCAGCAGAAAAUGAGCAGCAGCAGCAGCAGCAGCAGCAGCAGCAAGCUUGGGGAUCUCCCGAAGCCGGGGGCCCCUCAGUUCGUUUGCCCUUUUCUAAUUUAGAAGUGGAGCUUUAUAGGGGCCCCCCUUUGCCUGCUGCAGCAGCAGCAGCAGGGUCUUUCUUGAGUAGGAAGCUGCUGCCUUUGCUGCGCUUCGCGCUGAGCUGCUGCUGCUACCGCGGCGCUGCUGCUGCUGAAGCUGCAAAGCCCUUACAGCAGCAGCAGCUGCAGGAGCUGCUGCAGCAGCUGCCCCACGGCUACAUCUGCUGCCACAUUCUUCAGGAAGCAGCAGCAAGACUCAAGCAAGCAGCAGGGCUUCCCAGCGACCCCUUUGCAAAAGAGCAGCAACACAGCAGCAGCAGCAGCAGCAGAAGUAACAGCUUUUUCCACUUCUACGAGUUUGCUGUUGAAGGGCCCCUGGGGCCCCACAGCAGCAACAGGGAGGCCCCCAAGCAGGGCCUCCCCCGCAGCAGCAGUCUUGCUGCGCUGCAGGAACUGCUGCAGCAAAACGAGGUGCUGCAGCUGCUGCUGCAGUACUACAGUCAGCUGCUGUCUCCUGAGCUGCUGCCUCUCGUGUCUCUUCCGCGCGGCUUGCCCUGCGCAGCAGCAGCAGAAACAGCAGCAGCAGGAGCAGCAGCAGCAGAAGCAGCAGCAGCAAGCCGCAGGAGCGCGCUGCUGCUGCAGACGGCCCCGCUGCUGAGCUGCCUGCCAAUCGCCCCGUGGUACCUGUGGUGGCCCAAAGCAGCAGCAGCAGCAGCAGCAGCAGCAGCACCAGGGCCGCCGCUGCGCUGCUGCUUUCGGGUGUCUGUACAGCUGCUGCACGUGGCUCUCUCCGACUGCCACUUGUUCAGAGAAGAAGAUGCAGCAGCACAAAAAUUAAUUUCAACUUUUGAACUGCAGCCGCCACCGGAGCUGGACCUCGACAAGCCCUUCCUAGAUGCUGCUGUGCUGCAGCAGCAACUGGACGCGCGCCUGAAGCAGCAGCAGCAGCAGGAGCAGCGAGAGCAUCCCAGCAGCAGCAGCAGCAGCAGCAGCAGCAGUUGCUGCGCUGGCCCUGUCGAGCUCACUUUGAACGCUCUUGCUGCUGCUGAUGCUGCUGCUCCUGCUGCUGCUCCUGCUGCUGCUGCUGCGUUCUGCCGGACUAAUGUCUCUGCUGUUGUUGCCAACGAGCCGCAGCUGCAGCAGCGCAGCAGCCCAGUGGAGCUUCGCAUCCCCGUCUCUCUUAGCCGCCUGAGGCGUGCUGCCCUGAAUGGUCCUGCUGCUCUUUCCUUAAAAGGAGUUCUCCAGUACUUUGCUGCUGCUGCCCCGCAGCAGCAGCAGCAGCAGCAGCACGAGCUCGAGGUUGUGCUGCAGGUGCCCUUCUACGCUUUGCUGCGGCCUCUGCCGCUCUCCCCAGAGUCUCUUGGGCAAUUCAUGGCGACAGAAGGCAGCAAACUGCAGCAGCGCGCUCAAGCAGUUGUGACUGUGCCUCUGGGCCCCUCCGCAACAGCAGCAGCAGCAGCAGCUGCUGCUGCUGCGCGGCAGCUCUUAACUCUUUUGGGAGCAGCAGCAAACUUGCACUUGGUGGAGACGCAGGAAGUGAACACAGCAGGAGCAGGAGCAGCAGCAGAGUGGACCUUGAAGAGCCUGUUUUGCGGCGUGCUGCGGAGCGAGCUGCUGCAACAGCAGCAGCAGCAGCAGCAGCAGCAGCAGGUGUUCGUGGUGCUGAUUAGUUGUGCUGCAGCAAAAGGCCACGAGGGAAUUCUGCAGUUUAAUAUUGCAGCAAGAGCAGAGAUAGAAGAAGCUGCUGCUGUGGCUGCAGAUUUGAAGCAGCUUCUGGAAGCGUUAGCUGCUGCUGCUCCUGCUGCUGCUGCUGCUGCAGCAGGUACAGCAGCAGGUGCAGCAGCAGCAGCAGCACCAGCGCCCUAA